GACGGUCACACUGGCACACACAAACCCAAAUGCAGUUUGUUUAUUAUCUAGUUUGUAUUUGCAUUUAUUUGGAUUAAAAAAAACGUGACUGGCAAAUGAAGCAUCUCCUGGAGGAUCCUUUAAUCCUGGCCAACCUUCAGGUGCUGCCCAAGAAGUCCGAUUUCGCCGAGGAUGGCCAUGAGACGGCCGAGAAUCCAGCAGAGAAAUCCCCGCCUGUUGAGCAACUGCCGGAUUCUGGGGAGGAUUUGCAACAGAACAAGGAUACCCUUUGCCAGUUGGCCUGCAGCCUGCACAAGCUGUCCAAGGAUGAUCAUAUAGUAAUCGACCGCAAGCGCAAUCAAGUGAUUCGCACGGAUGCGGUGACCCAGCAGAUGACCAUUUAUCGCUGCCUGGAUCCUGUCGGCAUGGGCAUGCGUCCGCCAAUGCCGGAAAAUGUCAAAUGUCCGCCGCCCAAAGUGGGAAGACCAGUGAAAAGAGCCAGUUCAGCAAUGGCGACAGCGCCUGCAGCCAAAAAGCCGCCAAUGGUAAAAGAACAACCUGCUCCCUGCUCCAAUCCCGACGUCCUGCGCACUCGUUCCGGCCGACAGGUGCGCGGCUCCAUGGCCCAGCCAGCUCCCGUGACCAAUAACCCUGCCCGCCAGGAGCCCACUUCCGCUCAGAUGCUGGAGAUGCUGGUGGCAGACUUGCGGGACAAGGACUACCGGGCACCCAGCAUGCCAGCGCCGAAGGGCGAUAGCAGCCAGGAGAUUGCUACAACGCCCACGCCACGUGCCGUGCCCAAGAAUGCCGUUUGCCCUGGCUGUGGAAAGAUCUUCUUGGGCCGCCGACUGCAGCGGCACUUUGUUAAAUUCCCAGAGCACAUGUCACAUCCUAGCGGGCAAUCAGCAGGAGCAGGAUCAGGAGGAGGAGCAGUACCAGUAGCAGUAGCUCCUCCCGCUGCCCCCUCGCUCUUUGGCCUUCUGACCGCCCAACUGCAGCGGCAUUCGCACCUCAGCGAGGAGCAGCGCUCCGAUCUCUUCCUGAACGAACUGAACGACUUUGUGGAGCAGCUACAGUUGCGCAGCCAGCGUCUCAUAAGGAAUACCUCAGGACUGCACUUUGUUAAUGCCCGAAUGGCACGCGUGUUGGGCAUACCAGAGGGUCAGUAUGCCCUGGACAUGUCCGCCAUGGAAUCUCCGCAGGCUCCCACGCCCGAGCCCGAAAGCGCAGCUCUUGUUGCCGGCGGCGACGGCGGAGGAGCUCACAAUUUGGUGGUCUACGCCGAGUUGAGCAUGUCGCUGGACGAUCCGCUCACAGACGAGGCGGCACAGCGUCUGAAUCUGUCAGCGGGCGGGCAGCUCCAUCCGCCGUCGGAGGAGAGCCUCCUCAGGAAUGUCAGCGAUCUCAUGCAGCCCCCGGUGGCAGCUGCUCCUCCGACCGUAAAUCAUGGCUACGAUCAUGCCAGCGACAACGCCGUGGAGGCCCUAACCAUGAAGGAAACGCCCAACACGGAGGCCAUUCUCGAUCUCAACGUGGACUUCUUCCAGUUCAACCCGAAUUAGUUAGGAAGUAAGAUUUUUACGAUUUUAUCUUCACAAAUGAAGCAAUUUUGGGGACUUGGGAAUUCAUGUAAAACAUUUCAAUGAUUAUUUUUAUACCGCAAAUAAUGGUUUUAUAGAACAAAACAUCUAUUCAAACACAAAACAUGAAGUUAUCUGAAUUUGUUGAUCUUAAAACAGGAAAAAUAUGAAGAAUUUUUGAUUUAAGCAAGUGUUGCUUCGUUUAUGCUGAAGCAAUUGUGAAUAUUUAAACGUAGAUAUUUUAAUUUUGUAUUCCCCUUUCUGAAAGGAGUAAAAAAUGCUUGGAAAUUUACUAUGUAAAUAUAUAAAUAAGAGACGAAUA